AUGAGGACCGUCUGUACAGCUGUGCUCUCAAUCCUGGUCCUUCUCUUCUUCACAAAAUGUACCGAAAGUAGCACAGACUCGUGCCCAGCCGCUGUGACACGCGACCAGCACUUACAGGAGUAUGGGGACUAUUGCCUCGAGUUUGUACACACCGAGAGGAACUGGGAUGACGCUAGAAAAGACUGUAACAAACGAAGCGGAAAUCUCGUGCAAGUUGUCAACCAGGAUAUCCAGGAUUUCAUUGUGAAGACUUUGAGGGAUGUUCUACACUGGGAUAGACACGGAGUCUGGAUUGGCGCCACUGACAAAGAUGUGGAACAAAAGUGGAUGUGGGUCACAGGUCAGGAGUUGACGUGGUCUAAUUGGCAGCCAGGAGAGGGACCACAGCACACUGACGGCUUUCUUUUCGUUCCAAGUCACCAUAGCGAGGAUUGCGCCCAAAUCCGUCUUGAUGACCCCCUAGGGAGGUGGCACGAUUACCGCUGUGACGGAGUAGGAAUACACUACUCAUAUAUCUGUCAGUAUUUCAAGGUAAAUGUACAUACACAAGUGCCGCAGACCGUUGGACUACCAUCAACUGAUCCACCAGCCACAAUACAGUCUUUUCAAACAACGAACGGCAUAGGAGCUCAAACAGACAGUGUUACCACCGACACUUCAGCCACGACAGAUGUCUAAUCCAAUGAUGUUUCCACCGACACUUCAAUGUCACCAAGUAUUCAAGUAUAAGAAAA